CACCCCAGAUCGGACAGACCCCUUUUCCCCACUGUCCCUUGGGUCAGUCUCCCAGAGGAGUUCCCGCUUCCUCAACAAUUGGUCACAGACAAGUCUAACUGGUCCUCCCUCAGACACAGGAUAAAUACGAUAAGCAGGAGCAGCCGAGCCCCAACUUUGACCAAGAGUUUCUCCCCUCCUUUCCUCACUACCCAGUACGUGACUCGGAAGGGAUUUCAAUACGAACAGCCGUCUCUUCCACCCAGGUUGAUUCCAUCGGGCCAAAGGAGGAAAGUGUCCUAUUGAAGAAGCCACUGCGGUACGGGUAGGGGUCAGCGGGCUGGAGGGCUUCCCUUUCCGCGCAGGAGCGUUCAGUCGCAGCUCCGCGACUAUCGCGAUAGAAGAGCUGGAUCGGCGCUGGCCCUUUAACAGCCCCUUCCCGAGGGCCUGCCCCGCGCGUGCGCACUGCGGUUCUGCGCUUGUCAUCAUGGCGACGCGGGGCCAUGUGCAGGACCCUAACGACAGGCGCCUCCGGCCCAUUUACGAUUAUCUUGAUAAUGGUAAUAAUAAAAUGGCAAUUCAGCAAGCAGAUAAAUUGUUGAAGAAACAUAAGGAUCUUCAUUGUGCUAAGGUUUUAAAGGCAAUUGGUUUACAGAGAACUGGAAAGCAAGAGGAAGCCUUCAUGUUAGCACAGGAGGUGGCGGCCCUUGAACCGACAGAUGACAACUCGCUACAGGCACUGACUAUUCUUUACCGGGAGAUGCACCGACCGGAGUUAGUUACAAAACUCUAUGAGGCAGCUGUGAAGAAAGUUCCCAAUAGUGAGGAGUAUCACUCUCACCUCUUCAUGGCUUAUGCCAGAGUGGGCGAAUAUAAGAAAAUGCAACAGGCUGGCAUGGCUCUAUAUAAGAUUGUCCCCAAAAACCCUUACUACUUUUGGUCUGUGAUGAGCUUAAUUAUGCAAUCUAUAUCGGCACAGGAUGAAAACCUCUCAAAAACGAUGUUUCUGCCCCUCGCUGAAAGAAUGGUAGAAAAAAUGGUGAAAGAGGACAAGAUAGAAGCCGAGGCUGAAGUUGAACUUUAUUAUAUGAUCUUGGAACGUUUGGGAAAGUACCAGGAAGCCUUGGAUGUUAUCAGAGGAAAAUUAGGAGAGAAGUUGACAAGUGAGAUUCAAAGUCGGGAAAAUAAAUGCAUGGCUAUGUAUAAGAAGCUGAGCAGGUGGCCAGAGUGCAAUGCCCUUUCCAGGCGCCUCUUAUUGAAAAACUCAGAUGACUGGCAGUUCUAUCUGACUUAUUUCGAUUCUGUCUUUCGACUGAUUGAAGACGCCUGGACUCCUCCUGCUGAAGGUGAACACUCUUUAGAAGGAGAAGUGCAUUGUUCUGCAGAAGAAGCUGUGAAGUUUAUAGAAGAUCGGAUAACAGAAGAAUCUAAAAGUUCCCGCCAUCUCCGAGGACCACAUCUUGCUAAACUGGAACUGAUUAGACGUUUAAGAUGCCAAGGUUUUAAUGAUGAGUACAAACUGGGUGAUCCAGAAGAAUUAAUGUUCCAGUAUUUCAAAAAGUUUGGGGAUAAACCUUGUUGUUUUACAGACCUCAAGGUGUUUGUUGACCUCUUGCCUGCUACACAGUGUACAAAAUUUAUUAAUCAGUUACUUGGAGUUGUUCCUUUGUCGACACCAACUGAGGAUAAGCUGGCAUUGCCCGCGGACAUCAGAGCUCUGCAGCAGCAUCUGUGUGUGGUGCAGCUGACGAGGUUGCUCGGCUUGUACCACACUAUGGAUAAAAGUCAGAAACUGAAUGUGGUCAGAGAACUCAUGUUAAGGUACCAGCAUGGACUAGAAUUUGGGAAAUCCUGUUUGAAAACCGAAUUGCAGUUUUCAGACUAUUACUGUCUCCUUGCUGUCCAUGUGCUUAUUGAUAUAUGGAGAGAAACAGGUGACCAGACUGCUGUGUGGCAGGCCCUGACUUUGCUGGAAGAGGGAUUAACCCACAGCCCUUCCAAUGCUCAAUUCAAAUUGCUGCUUGUUCGAAUCUACUGUGUGCUGGGGGCAUUUGAACCAGUGGUGGAUCUGUACUCCAGCCUCGAUGCUAAGCAUAUCCAGCAUGACACCAUUGGCUAUCUUCUGACCCGAUACGCCGGAUCCCUAGGUCAGUAUGCUGCCGCAGCCCAGUCCUGCAACUUCGCACUCAGGUUUUUCCACUCCAACCAGAAAGAUACCUCAGAAUAUAUUAUUCAAGCUUACAAAUAUGGUGCAUUUGAGAAGAUCCCAGAGUUUAUCGCUUUUAGGAACAGGCUGAAUAAUUCUCUUCAUUUUGCACAAGUCCGUACUGAACGGAUGUUAUUAGACCUUCUACUUGAAGCAAAUAUAUCAACCAGUUUAGCAGAAAGUAUAAAGUCAAUGAAUCUUCGGCCAGAAGAAGAUGACAUUCCGUGGGAAGCCUUGCGAGACAACAGAGACUUAAAUGUUUUCUUUAGCUGGGAUCCAAAAGACAGGGAUGUUUCUGAAGAACAUAAGAAACUUUCCUUGGAGGAGGAGACCAUGUGGUUAAGAAUCCGUUCCUUAACAUUGAGGCUGAUCAGUGGACUUCCAAGUCUAAACCACCCCGUGGAGCCAAGGAACUCGGAAAAGACCACUGAGAAUGGUGUGUCCUCCCGGAUUGAUAUUCUUCGUUUACUCCUUCAACAGCUGGAGUUGGCCAUGGAGACAGGAAAGCGAUUUAUUGAGAAGGAAGUUCAGUAUCCUUUCCUUGGUCCUGUACCUACCAGGAUGGCUGGAUUCUUUAGUUCUGGCUGUUCUCAGUGUCAGACCAGUUCUUUUUAUCUUGUUAGUGAUAUUUAUGAGCUGGACACCAGUGGUUUAGAGGAUACAGUGGAGAUCCAGGAUCGAGUAGAGAAUAGUCUUAAGUCUUUACUAGAACAAUUAAAAGAUGUCUUCAGUAGAUGUAAAGGUGACCUCUUAGAAGUUAAAGAUGGUAACUUGAAAACACGCCCUGCUCUUUUAGAGAACCUAGUCUUCUUUGUUGAGACUAUUUCUAUUAUCCUUUGGGUGUCCAGUUACUGUGAGAGUGUCCUGCGACCAUACAAAUUAAAUUUACAGAAAAAGAAAAAGAAGAAAAAAGAAACCAGCAUCAUCAUGCCACCUGUCUUCACCAGUUUCCAAGACUAUGUUACUGGGCUUCAGACUUUAAUUUCCAACGUCGUGGAUCAUAUUAAAGGGCUUGAAACACAUCUAAUUGCACUUAAACUUGAAGAACUUAUUUUAGAAGAUACUUCUCUCUCACUGGAAGAGAGAAAAUUUUCAAAGACUGUGCAAGGGAAGGUACAGAGCAGUUAUCUACACUCACUUCUGGAAAUUGGAGAGCUGCUGAAAAAAAGACUGGAGACCACGAAGAAACUAAAAAUUUAAGGAGGCGUGAACCACAGGCACCAAUGACUCUAUAGCAGAAAAUGACAUCAUCUUCCCAGGCAAAAGCUACAUCUGGUUGACCAUCAUUUUAAUCCAGAACUUCCUCAUCAAAUGCAUGAAGGACUUUGAUUGUGAAUUAAUUUUUUAGGUAUUAAAUGUAUACAACUGAUUAAAUUAUUGUAUAUAAAGCAGAAGCAGGACCCUCAUCUGGGUUUGACCACUUUUUAUACAUGUUCAUAUGCAUAUGGCAGCCACAAGAGAGCCCCUUUUCUUCUUUCCUCCCAUCACCAGAAACAUCUGGUGGGUGGGUACAGGGGGUCCUAUAAAAGCAGCAAUAGAAAUUAAGCAUAAAGCAUUGACCUCAGAGCAGCUGAAUGGGCCUACCAUUAUCAUAGUGGAUGUUUGGUCUGGUCCUUGAGCCUUAGGAAGCAGAAAGCAGAAGUAUAGGCGGACCAUGACUGGGAGAAGGCCCUCUUUCCACAUUAGUUUAGUUUUGAGGCUUCCUUAGCUGCUUGGCUCCCACAGAACCCAAAGCAGGUACCCAAAGAGCCUCAGAUGAAAUUUGGCAUAAGCACCUGUCACUGAAGAGCACCACUCAGAUGACCACGGGCACUCAGUGUUUGGCUUCAUGGUCCAAAAGCCAAGAAAUCCCCAUCGUAGCUCCUGUGAAAGUUAAAUCACAGAUAGGCUUGUGUUAACUUACACCAUAUGGAGGGGAAAGCAGUGCAGACCACUUAUGAGCCUGCUGAGGACUAGCUUGCUGUCUUCUCCAUCUUUGGGAAAGAUGGGAAUCACUGUUUUAACGAAGAGAGGUGUACAUAAUUUAUGCAAGCAAGUCUAAUACCAAUGUCAUUGGUUUUGUGAGAUAUAUAUAUAUGUAUAUGCUUUACAUAUAUAUUUUCAAGCAUAUAUAUAUAUAUAUGCUUGAAAAUAAAGAUUUAAUACUUUAGUGUUUUUUAAGUGGGGGGUUUGGGGAGGAAGGAAGGAAUGUAUAUUAUGGACUUAACCUAGGUUUUAAGUUUUAGGCUGGCAAAAGAAAUGUUACCCAUUGGGUUUGACGUUUGGUCUACUUUCUUCAAACUUGAGGAUUACACCAGGAUGGUGUUUACAUUGCUCACCUGGAGCUCCCCAAGACUAUAGCUUCAGAGGUUGGUCUGACAGAAAAGAUAAACAUUGCUCUUGAAAGUGUUAUACAGUUUAUAUAAUUGCUUUGAUAACUUUUUGCAUUUGAAUCUGUGCUUCUAUUUUUGGUCUUUGUUACUCAAACACCAUUAAAGUUAGUAAUUGUAAGAGCAAAGAUACGAGUUUUAUGAGAAAAUUCAAGCAUCUGGUGGAGGGUUGAUUGGUCUUAAAGACCUUACAGGUCCUUUCCUACUCCUCCAGUGAAAUGUGAUACUUUUUUCUUUUAAAAGGAAACAAAAGAGAGCUUGGAAAAUCUCUGUAUGCAAAACAAUUGCAUUUUGUCCCCUCAUCAUGACUUUCUUAGAUUCACAAUUUGAUAGGGUGAUUGAUAGCUGCUUAAACUUCCAAGGAGAUUUUUAAGAAAAUUACAACAUUAUCUGUUCAAAAUAAGACUUGCUGGAAAUCCUAGUCCAUCAAGUAAUUUCAAGAAGUUAUUUUUUGCUGUAAGUUGGUACCCACAGCCAUCAUACCCCAUCCCAAAUGGAAGAACUGCCUUCAACAAGAUGAAUUGAAAAUUCUUGAUUCCAAAUCUAAUUUAAUGACAUCAUAAUUUCAUAAAACUAUUGCCUAUUUAAAAUGAUGGAACUUGGUGUGUGUAUGAGGGUGGGGGGUAUGUGUGUAUGGCAUGUGUUCUUGAAAUGAUGUUUCUUUGAAUAUCCAAAAAUACUGUACAUAGAAAUAGAAAUGCUCCAUGAAACAAGUCUUCAGCUGACCAUGGUCAAUCUAGCAUAUGUGUGGUCAGUGAGCUGGCUUUGGUCCUCAGGGACAGUGCUUGACUCCAGUGGUCUACCUAACUAGUCUUUUGCCUAGGGGCACCUGGGACCUCUCCUGGUUUUAGUGACAAAUAAUGUUAUGUCGAGGUUAUGCUUCCUUUGUUACUUGCUGACUUUCCUACUAAAUGUAGCAUUUCAAUUAGAUCCAACCUCUUACAUUUUGGGAUAAUUGUAAAAAGAAUGAAAUUAUGCAGAAAUGGCCAAUAUCUUUUAUUGAUCUGUUCUUUUGGAAACUGUUAUGCACUAUAAAUUGUGUACAGUUUAAAAAUAUAUAUAUAUAUAUAUAUUCUUACAUGAGUAAAAAGCACCCUCCAGCAAUUGUAUGUCAUUGGUAUUUGAAGAGAAUUCCCAAAUAACCCAUUGCUGCUGCUGCUGUUUUUGGUUUGUGUGGGUUUUUUGUUGUUGUUGUUGUAUUUGUUUUUGUGUGGUAAAUUGAUAAUUUAAAAAAAAAAGAAAGAAAAAACACGACUACUGUUUACAGACUGAAAAAUUACUGCUUUUUAUACUACUGAGAUCCUAAGUUAAGACUCUCCAAAGCAAACAUUUGGUUUAAAUCAUUGAUGUGGAUAAAGCAUAGAGAAAUUUUUAGUGUUCUUCACAUAAUGGAAAAUGUACAAAUGCCUAGCUGUGUUGCCCAUCAAUUUUGUAUAUUUUCAUAAUUUUAAUUGUUCAAAAUUGCAUUAUAUUUUGCAGUCACUAUGUUCAACCUGGAUUUGUCUUUCAUUUAAAUUUUUAAUAUAAAAAGGGGUUUCAAUGUAUCUAUGGCCUUGUUAUUGAAACUCUUCCUACUUAUUUGA